AGUGCUGGAGAUUUAAAUAAUCCUUUAGAGCACUGCUGAAAGUACCAGAGACCUUGGCAAACAGAGGAAAACAUGCCGAAGAAGAUGAACAAGCUACAGAGACUGCUUCAGAGCAAGAUCCUCAUCCUGACAGUAUGUGCUGCUGGGAUUGGAGGCACUUUCCAGUACGGUUACAACAUCUCCAUCAUCAAUGCUCCAACUCUGUACAUUCAGAGGUUUAUGAACGAAACCUGGCUGGAGCGCACAGGCGUUCCCCUUGAGAGCAACGUGAUCCUGCUUCUGUGGUCUUUCACUGUCUCCGCGUACCCUCUAGGAGGACUCGCUGGGGCUAUUGUGGCUGGUCCCAUGGCAGUCAUGUUGGGGAGGAAGACGUCCCUGCUGUUGAACAAUGUGUUUGUGAUCAUAGCCGCAGUCCUGUCAGGAUUCAGUCGAAUGGCAAAAUCCUUUGAAAUGAUUAUGCUCAGCAGAUUCUUUACUGGCCUGAAUGCAGGUGUAAGCAUGAACAUUCAGCCCAUGUAUCUGGCAGAAAGUGCCCCAAAGAAGCUCAGAGGAGUUGUGGCCUUGACCUCUGCAUCGUUUACAGCCCUGGGGCUGGUGCUGGGGCAGGUUGUUGGACUCAGGGAGCUACUAGGAGAGGAAAAUAGCUGGCCACUCCUUUUAGCUAGCAAUUUGGUGCCUGCCCUGAUCCAGCUCAUGGCUCUGCCUUGGUUCCCUGAAAGUCCCAGAUACCUCUUGAUUGACCGAGGAGACAAAGAAUCCUGCAUCUCUGCACUGCAGAAGCUCAGAGGCCACUGUGACCUGAGCACAGAGCUGGAAGAGAUGCUAGCCGAACAGGCUGCCACUGAAGGUCAGAGACCGAAAAAGCCUUGGGAGCUGUUCCAGAAUCCAGCUGUGCGGUGGCAGCUGAUGAGUAUCAUCGUGCUGAGCAGUGCCAUGCAGCUCUGUGGGAACGAUUCGAUGUAUUUUUAUGCAGCUUAUGUGUUCGAAGAGGCUGGAAUUCCGAAAGAAAAAAUCCCCUAUGUUGUAAUCGGCACAGGAAGCUGCGAACUGAUCACAUCUGUUACUUGCGUGAGACUCUUAAUGCACUCUGCUGACCCGCAGGCUCUGUUGACCGUCAGGAAGCUGUUAAUAACAAAUUUCAGAUUUACAUUGCUCUUCAUCCCAAAGCACCACUUUAUACCCAGCAGCCAGAACAUGAUCAUAGACUAUGCUGGUCGGAGGCCGCUGCUCCUGGGGGGGUACUGCUUCAUGGCAGGAUGGGCCAUUGUCUUCAUGGUCGCUCUAAGCCAGCAGACUCAGGUUAGCUGGAUGCCCUAUCUCAGCAUGGCCUGCAUUUUCGCCUAUAUCCUAAGCUUUGGAAUUGGACCAGCUGGUGUAACAGGAGUUCUGCCCACAGAGGUUUUUGAUCAAAUGUCCCGGCCAGCUGCUUACAUGAUUUGUGGCUCUCUGCUCUGGUUCAAUCUGUUCCUGGUUGGAAUAGCCUUUCCAUUCAUCGUGAAAAGUCUAGCACAUUUCUGCUAUGUCCCGUUCUUCGUGGUCUGCAUCUGCACUGCUCUCUACGUUGGGUUCUUCCUUCCUGAGACAAAGGGAAAGUCCUUCCUGGAAAUCUCGGAGGAAUUCAAGAAAAGGAACUUCAGAACUCAAACCCAUGCAUUUUUGUAUAAAGCCCCUGAGGAGAUCAAAUCCACCGUGUUGUAACAAGAGGUAGAAAGGAAGAAGAAGGAGGGUGUUAUCUGGAGGAAAUUUAGCAGUGGUUAUAUUCUCUUGUAGGGGCACAAAGAGAUGAGUAGGGUUAAUGAGAAUAUAUUACUUCUAAGUUGUUAUAUAUAUUACUAUAUAUAUAUAUAGUAACAUAUAGAUAUGUAGUAAUAUAUAGAAUACACAUUCUAUAUAUCUGUGUCUGUAAUAUAUAUUACUAUAUAGUAAUAUAUAGAAUAUAUUACUCUGGCUUCACAUUGCAUGUGAUCACUUUCCACUAAGACAUCGGUAGAAGGUAUUAUAGAUGCUUGUGAGCCACCUUUUCAUCUGCUGAAUUCUAUUACACUUCAUAAACCAUUUAUUUUCUUGCUACACAGCCUGAGAAUUUUCCCACUGCUCAAAAGCAGGAUCCAGUAAAUUGAAAUGUGAAGUGUCUGCCUCCUACCAAUAUUGAAAGGCCAUGGUGCUGAGUAGCUAUAUUCUGAUUUAGGAUCCUGGAUUUAGGCAUCCAAAUUUGAAAUUUGCUCCCAAAUGCUUAGUUUUUAAGAAUGGCCUUAAUUUUAAAAAACUGUAUGAAAAUUCCCUCUUCUCACUCUCAAAUUAAAAAGUAGUUAUGGAUAAAUGCAUGCAUCCACUGUAGGACCCACAGUUAGCAGCCUAAAUUUAUCAGCCUGUCAGAAGGUCACAGCCCACCAGAUCUUUGCAUGUACAGAACUUUGUGCUGUUGCAGUCAUGUUGCUGCUUAUGGAAAAGAGAUUUGUGAUAUACUUCAACUGAUAAAUCCCAACAAAAGCUUAACAAUCUGUAAUAAUCUGCAAUAAGUUUAUAUAUAUAUAUAUAUAUAUAUAUAAGAAUCCUUAUUUAAAGAGUGACAGACUGAUGCCUUCUUGUCUUAUCUUUAAACAACAUCAUGCACUGCUUUAGCAAAUUUCUUCUAUAUUACUCCUCCCACCUCAGAAAUCUUUCUUUCCUUGCCCUAAAUCUGGGCUCUCAAACACUGAGAUUAAUACAAUUAAGUUGUGUUUUCAGACACCAGAUGAAAUUCUCAGUACCUUGUCUCAGUGCUCUGGUUGUUUCUGUUAACAAGUGAUUUCAAAUAAACUCCUACUUGUUGAGCAGUA